AUGGGCUUGUCCAUGCUGAUAAAAGACGACCGCAAUGAUUAUGUUACCACAACGGAGGCAUCACAUGGUGUUAAGGUGCUGGUGCACGACGCGCUCAACGUGCCGGCGGAGACGAGCGCGGCGUGGCUGGCGUCCCCCGGGCAGGAGGUGCUGCUGUCGCUGCAGCCGCAGCUGAUGUACGCCACGCAGGCCGCGCAGCUCGAGCGGCCGGGCCGCCGCGGCUGCCUGCUGCGCGAGGAGAGGCCGCUCGACUUGGAGCGCGCCUACUCCAGCCACAACUGCCGCCACGACUGCCGCAACAACCGCACCUGGCAGCUCUGUGCCUGCCUGCCCUUCCACGUCUACGACACUGAGGAACUGGAGGCGGAGCAGGGUGAGAGCUGCAGCUGCGCCCCGGAAUGCUCCUCAGUAGAGUAUCUCGCCGAGGCGUCCACUGGUGUCCUGAGGGCGGCUCGCUACCCAGCUUCCGAUCACCUCAUGGAUGGUGUGAAUGACAGUUCUGUCUCUGAAAUGAUGCUGAUCCAUGUCUUCUUUGUGGAUUUGGUGGGCACCCGAUACCGCAGGGAUGUCUACUCUACAUGGCGUGGGUUGCUCGCGUCGGUAGGCGGUUUACUGGGGCUGUGUAUGGGAGUGAGCCUGCUCAGCUGCUUCGAGCUGGCGUACUUCUUCACGGCGCAGCCGGCGCUGCGUGUGGUCAGGAGUCGUCAGAUGGCCUCCCAGCGCUGA